AUGCCUGAAACCAUUACAAUUGAUCAAGGAACUGUGUUUACAGGGCGAAAGGUAACAGAGUUUGCUGCGGAGAUUGGGUUCAAAUUAGCGAUAUCGACGCCAUAUAAUGAUCAAGAAAAUGGGCAAGUAGAAGCAACAAACAAAGUCAUCAUAGGUUUGAUCAAAAAACAUGUGGGUCAAAAUCCCAGAAGUUGGCACAUGACCUUAGGCCAAGCAUUAUGGGCAUGUAGGAAUUCUCCAAAAGAAUCGACAAACACAACUUCGUUCAAAUUAGUCAAUGGGCAUGAUGCAGUCUUGCCUUUAGAGGUUCACUUACAGCCAAUAAGGAUACAAAGACAAGCAGAAAUUCCUACUGAGUAUUAUUGGGGUAUGAUGUAUGACACAUUGGUAGAUGUCGAAGAACAUAGGUUGACAUCUUUAGAUGCAAUACUUAGGUUAAAAGAACAAGUGGCAAAGGCUUAUAAUAGAAAGGUGAAUGUAGAGGCAUUCAACUGUGGGGACUUAGUGUGGAAGGUGAUCCUUACAAUGGACAGAAGAGACAGAGUUCUUGGAAAAUGGUCUCCAAAUUGGGAAGGACCAUUUCAAGUGUGUCAUACCCCAAAUUUGCCCACCCGUUUUCAAAAAAUCGUAUAA